UUGAUAUAAGAUUGUGUAUACUAUGAACACGGUGAUGAAGUGCAAGUUUAUUAACAAUUCUCAUUUUUCAAUUUUCAAGGUGAUUUUAACAAAACGUGAAUUUUCUCAAAAUUAUGAACGCUUUUCUUUGAUAGUAUACAUUAUGAUGUUUUUAAACAUUGACUGGACUAACCCACAAUUUCAAGAAACUGAUAUUUUUGAAAACUGGAGAAGUCAGGUAAAGAUUCAGGUCAACCACCUGGUUUAUACCAUAUAAACAAACCAACAUUACACAAACAAUCUACUCUAUUCAAUCGUACGCUUGGGCGUUUUAUGUAAAAUACACUGUCAGACAAACGGUACAUCAUUAUCCCAGGGAAGCUCAAAAACAGAAAGCACGAGGGUAUGAUGCUUACGGGUAUCAUGAUUCCAACACUUUCGAAGAUGUUAUACUUGAUUUAUUUUGCAACAAUCAUUGCAGCCAUUAACACCGAGAAACUGCAAGAUGACAGCAAAAGUGAAGUAGAACCCACGCCAAAUUUAUACACAAAUAUUACAUUUGGCGAAGAAAUGGUCAAUGGAACUGCAACAUUAGCUAAGGAUGAAGACGACAUUGAGAAAGCACUGAAGACAAACUUACAAUCGAAAGAAGAAUACAGUCAACUUCUUGAAAAAGCUAUCAACAGCAUCCACUCUAGCGAAUCUGAUCUGGAUGAUUUCCUAAACGCAUUGUCUGAUUUAGAACUCAAGGAACUCCUUGAAGCUGCGAAUGAAUCGAAAGAGAACUAUGACGGAGAUAUUGAUCUAUCGAGAGAACAAAUUAUUAAACUUAUUCGACUGCUCGAAUUAUUGGAAUCUUCAAAAGAAAUCAAAUUAUCGGGCAGUAUCAAUAAUGUAGAGAUGCACAGUCAAGAGGAGAAAGUUGUUGAAGAGGAACUUGUUGAACACAAACCAAUCGAAAAUAAAAUGAAGGAGAUAAAACAAAAGCAUGAGAGAGUACAAGAUCCAGCUAAACACCGUGUAAAAAGGAAAAUGUUGAGACGUUUUAAGAGUAAUGAAACAUGGACAUUCCCCAUCAAUUAUUACAUCUCCCCGGGAUUCUUUUUUUCAAAUGCUAAGAAACUGAUCAGAGAUAAUUUGCAAGUCUGGGAGGACCAAACAUGUGCAAGCUUCAAUGAAGUGUUUUUGCCUACAAAGUCACCUGGUAUUAUAUUCAAAAAUGGAAAGGGAUGCAAUUCAAUAACAGGUAAAACCAGUGAAGUCGCCAUGAGGGAAAUAGUUCUAGAACUACCCAAUUGUUUCCUCCCAGGGACGAUUCAACAUGAAAUCGGACAUGCUUUGGGUCUUGUACAUGAACACGCCAGACCGGAUCGAGACUCCUAUGUUACUAUAUACAACAGUAGAAUUCUCCCAGGAGCCAACGUAAACUAUGUGUCGUUUAAUUGGUUUGAAUCUUUGACGGAAAACGUGGAGUAUGAUUACACUUCUGCAAUGCAGUACGGUGGAACGCAUAUGGGCAACAGAGAGGGCACUGUGGUCAUGAAGGCAAAGUUUGAGGAAUACCAAAAGACAAUGGGGCAGAGAAUGGGACUUUCAUUCUUAGACGUGAAGAUCUUUAAUUAUCAAUACUGUAGAGAACGGUGUCCAGGAUAUGACACAUUGGAAUGGUCGGAGUGCCAACAUGGCGGAUACAGAAACCCACUCAAUUGCAGCGUGUGUCGAUGUAUUGAUGGAUGGAGCGGAGCAAAAUGUGAAAAUCUCGAACCGUCUUCAGAAGGCGUCACUCCUCACUUACGAAAGAGGCAAACCAUCUCAAAUGCUGUUUGUGGUGGAACAUUCUCUGCUGAUCCAAGUUCAAAAUCUUUGCUCAGUCCUGGUUACCCAUUACCGGGAUAUAAACGCCAUGCCACGUGCACAUGGCUUCUUCAGGCACCGUUUGGGCGCCGUGUAAGUGCACGUGUUGUUGGCGACUUUGAAACUGCCUGUUCGGUCGUAAAUUCAACCAUAUGUGACCACGAUUGGUUUGAAAUACGAUAUACCAAUCUAGGUUAUCCUGGGCCAAGGUUUUGUUGCACCGAAGGACCGAACAAAGCGUUUGUGUCAAUUGGAAACGAAAUGAUGAUAAUUCUGAAAUCAAACAACGUUUUUGUUGGAAAAGGCAAGAGAACUGGCUUCAAACUUGAAUAUUCUUCUAUUGAAGGUGAUGGAGUCGUUCCCUGUAAAGCAUUGAAGCUGAAAAAUGUUGACAAUAGCCAACAAAAAUGGAGACAAGGAAUUUACAAAAAACUGUCCAUUCCAUGGAAUUCUAAACCGGUGUAUAAGCACAUAAUAGAGCCAUUGUUCUUAUACCAUCGUUCGGGUACCUGGUUGUUUGGUGCAGUGGUAGGAGGAGUAAGUGCCGGGAUGAAAGUACUAAGCAAUGCGGCGUCACCCGACAAAGUCACUGAAACAUGGAAGUCGUUUAGUUCGGGAAAUUGGAUUUCAGAACCUCGAUUGUCAUUAACAUGCGACGAUAUAUGUGACAGUAUUUGGCUUAGCGGCAUUUCAAAACAAUCUACAUACGGUUAUCUAAAUGGAGCCUAUGCACUCUUCCAAAUGGACAAUAAUGGUGCGCCAGUGUAUAAAAAGAGGACCUCCUCUAAUGGGGAUGUAACAUUAAGCAUGAUCGGUAGAAAUAAAUGGCAGUUUAAGUCUGAUUCCCACACUUUGGUAUCACCUUUUAUUACGACUGAAACAAAUCCAGCAAAAAUACCAAAUGCGUGGUUAAUUGGCAAUAAGAAAAUAAAAAUUGAGUGUUAUUUUGGUACAAUACCAUGUGAUUCUAUUCUUGUGACUGGGAUCAAAAAUUACCAAUCACUUCGAAACGGGCUUUAUUUCUUGGAAGGAUCGUUAUUUAACGGGCGUCCCGUCUACACCCACGAGACUGGAAAACACUUUAUGUAUUACGGUAUCUUUGGUGAAGGUAUCAGGUACUGGUUCAUUGGCCGAGACAUGAAGGGCAGCGUGGGCGUGAGGGUCUCAGACACAGCUAUGGUUCCCGAGAAUAUCAUGGCCGACACGUGGGAACUGUUUGAUGGAAUCAAUCUGCAAUGGAAGACAGUCAAAACAGUUUCAGCUGACUGCGUUAACCUGGAUAUAACCCCAUGUCAGAAACUAUUCAUCUCUGGUAGUGCUCUACAGAGAGCCCGUCAGGGUGUUUAUGUACUAAGAGCAGGAUCACUGAACCACCGUCCAGUUUAUAUGCACGAAUCCGGAGACUCAUUCCUGUAUAUAAGUUCGAACGUAGAUGGUUGGGCCAUCGGUCCUGCUAUAGGUGGAUCUUCGUUUGGUGCUUACGUGCGGGACAGAGCAAUACUUCCUUACGACGUAACUUCAACAUGGAAAAUGUUUAAUGGGUUCGGCUUCGUGGAUGACUCAAAAUGGACCGUGGUGUGUUUUAAAGCACCAACACCCUGUGCAAAGAUUUUAUUCGGGAGUAGCCCUAGUCAGACUGCACGCCAAGGACUCUAUUUUCUGGAACCUAAGACAUUCAACCACCGUCCAGUAUACAAGCACGAAUUUGGUGAUGAUUAUAUGUUCUAUAGUGCUUCAAGUGGUAUGUGGUUCAUUGGAAGUUCAAUUGGGACAUCGUUGGUUGGAAUAUAUAGAAAUACCCGCUUGCCUACGCCACAAGCCAUUGGUACACCGUGGUCCGUUUUUGCUGGCAGAAGUUGGUCACUGGCACCAACAUUGAAAGCAAAAUGCAUAACAGGUCGCACAUCCUGUCGACGCCUUCUAGUCAGUGGUUUUGGCGGCACUCGUGCCCAAUUCAAUGGCCAGUAUGCCAUCACUGGAAGCGUCUUCAACUACAGAGCUUCAUAUAAGCAUACGUCACGUCGCCUGUAUAUGUAUUACAAAUUUGGUCACUGGCUUAUUGGAACAAUAUUAAAUGGUAACAGUGCAUCGAGUGAUUUGCUCAUAGACAAGAUGUUAUUCCCGUAAAGAUGUAAAGCAGUUCCUGCAACAAGUACAACAAUGGUUACAGAGACAAUUACUGACUUUUCUGACUGACUUGUCACAUUUUUUCUAUCGUAAUUAAAAAAGCAAUAAUAGAUUUGCCAGAUGACUAUAUGUGCUGCAAAAUACUGAAAAUGUUAAAUCAUUUAAGAACUAAUUCUUCACAUUAAUUUUUGGAUACCUUAUGGUCAACACACAAUUAGCAAUAUAUUCAAGAGUGAACUCAUACAUGUAGACAACGUUCUCAUCUUUUAUUUCCAAUUUCUGCAGACCGGACAGAAUGGUAUUAUCUUGAACACCAGUUAAUAACCAGUCUAAGCUGAAUAUAUAACAAACAAUUAUUAUUUAUCCAAGAUUAUCCAAGUUCAAUAAUGUACAUAUAUGUUAUCUUGUGACGGUUAUACCUCUAAUUAUUAUAAAUUAGGGUACUUAUACGAACUUGUAACAAACAGAGACAUAUCUAAUUCGAAUAAAUCAAUUGAUAACAUUAACCGAUUUUAUAAUUGAUAAACGUACACUCCCCUCCAUAUGUU